CAAUCUUUAUUUGUUGAUGCUUCUGACAUGCGCAAUAGCGUCCUGCGGAGCCAUUUGCAAAAAGAUGGCGAUUUUUGACAAAUCAAAAGGUCGAGCACUGAGGGGUCAAGUGAUAUCAAGCCAUGACGUCACUUCCCGUUUCGACUGUGCAUUCAAAUGUCUUGAAACUAGUGGUUGUAAGUCGUACAAUUACCAAGAAACAGGUUCUCCACUCCACGUAUGUGAGCUUAGCAACCACACAAAGACCUCCGCGUCAUCUGACUACGUCAUCAAACCAGGCUUUUCGUACUAUGACGCUGAGCAGUUUGUUUUACCUAUGUGCGCUUCUUCUCCUUGUCAAAAUGGCGGCACGUGUGGCAUCGAUGAAUGUACAGAUUCUUACGAGUGUCUGUGUAAACCUGGAUACAUUGGUCAAUACUGUGAGACCUGGUUCGGUUUAAAUGGUUCCUCGUCAAGUUACCCAGGUCAUUCAUGUCAGAACAUCAAAUGGACUGGACAAGACACUGGAGAUGGUAGAUACUGCAUUAACCCAGGCAACACAGGAACCCCAUUCACUGUGUACUGUGACAUGACCACUGACGGAGGCGGCUGGACGCAGAUCAAAAACUUGACGCUGAAGGGCCCACCCUCUUCUGGCUUUGCCGUUUAUACCAACUAUCGGCAGAUAUCUAAUCUGAGUACAUAUGAAUUCGUCUCACAACCUGCACUUCUGCAACUGAAACAAGAGAUGGGGUUCAAACAGUUACGGUACUACUGUCGUAAGGCAUCUGUUGGCAGAGUAUUUCACAUCAUGACGGCCAAGAACGAUUCGGGAUACGACGUUGUGAGGUACAUGAUCGUGAAUGCUUCUUCGCCUGCAACUGCUUGUAACUCAUUCAUUCGCCUUGCUGAUGAUCAAUCGAUGCUGGCCGCCAACUGUGCCAAGUGGGGUUUCCAAAACGAAGGGACCAAUUACGAUACGUGGGGACAUUCGUCAUUCACAGGUCCGUGGAGGCCGUACAAAUAUGUUGCAUUCUGGUCAGGUACACAUGUUAAUUCAUUUAUUGACGGGGAUGAAAAAUGCGAUGAUAAUGUGUCUGGUGGACAAGCUGGGGACACUUGGAAGAUGUUUGUUCGUUAGGUUAAGAAAAUCCGCCCGACGAUAGAUUCAACGUUACUUGUUUCACGAAGUUAAGGUGGAACCAAACUAGGCUA